UCACAUCAAAACUUACAUUGUGAUAUUUCAUAUUUAGAAAAAGAGAGAGAGUAUGGCUGAGCUUAAAGGGAAGUUGGUUGAUAAGAUUAACAUAAAAUCUGAUGGAGAUGUGUUCCAUGAAUUGUUCAGGGAGAAGCCACAUCAGAUCUCAGGCAUUUGCCCAGACAAGAUCCAAACAUGUGAUUUGCAUGAAGGCGAAUGGGGCAAAGUCGGAUCCAUACUCGUCUGGAACUACUUCCACGAUGGGAAGGACAGGGUGGCGAAGGAGAUAAUCGAAGCCAUAGAUGAGGAGAACAAGUCGGUGACGUUCAAAGUGAUAGAAGGGGAUCUGAUGGAGCAUUACAAGGAGAUAAAGCUGACGGUCCACGUGGACACGAAAGGAGAAGACAACCUGGUGACGUGGACCAUCGAGUACGAGAAGGUGAAGGAUGAUACUGCUGAUCCUCACACACUCAUGGAGUUCUGCCUCCACGUCACCAAAGAUAUCGAGACUCACCACCUCAAUUAGCGCCCAUUCAUCUGCUCCGUGGCGCCUAUUUGUAAUUUAAUAAAUACUCUGUCGAGUAUCAUCUUAUCUCUUGUUCGAUUGUCUAUGUAUUUAUGGUGUGUGUUGUAAUUUGUGGGAGUGCCUGCUCUGUUUGUUUCUUCCUCAAAUCGAACUUCGUAUUUAUAUAAACUACUAUCAAGUUUGUGUA